CUGAUUGCAUCACAGUUGGAACCAACAUAUGCAAGGAAUGUGUUUCCAUGCUUUGAUGAGCCUGACAUGAAGGCAACAUUUAACAUUAGAAUUGUCCAUGAUCCCAGCUAUGUAGCUCUUUCCAACAUGCCUGCUAUAGGUGUAUCUGAAAUGAAAGAUGAGAAUGGAAGCAUAUGGACUGUCACUACAUUUGAUACUACCCCAAAAAUGUCAACUUACAUAACUGCUUUUGUAGUUUGCGACUUUGAUCAUGUGACUGUAACAGAGAGGGGCAAAGAGAUACGUAUUUGGGCUCGGAAAGAAGCAGUUGAAAAGGGGUGUGUUGACUAUGCUUUAAAUAUCACAGGACCAAUCUUUUCAUUUCUGGAAGAUUUAUUUAAUAUCAGCUACCCUCUUCCAAAAACAGAUUUGGUUGCACUUCCUGAUUUUGGAGCAGGUGCUAUGGAAAACUGGGGGCUAAUGACUUUCCGAGAAUCAUCAUUGAUCUACUGCCCAACGGAAAAUUUAAUAAACAGAAAGGCUUUUGUUUCCUUAAUUGUUUCACAUGAAAUAGGACACCAGUGGUUUGGAAAUCUGGUCACCAUGAGUUGGUGGAAUGAUCUAUGGCUUAAUGAAGGAUUUGCAUCUUACUUUGAAUACAUAGGAGCUAAAUACGUUGAACCCAAACCACCAUUGGAUCGUAUGUUUUAUGAGAGUGUCUUGCAACCUGUCUUAAGAGUCGAAGAUGCAAUGAGUGAUCGAUCAUUGUCACAGAAAGAAGAAAAGGUCAAAGGAACAUUUUUACCAGAUUCCCUAUUUGACAUCGUCACUUACAGUAAGGGGGCUUCCAUUAUCUGGAUGCUUUCUAGCUUUCUGACUGAGAGACUUUUUCUCAAAGCACUUAACUCUUACCUGAAGGCAUUUUCCUUUUCAAGUGCUAACCAAGAUGAUCUGUGGACCCAUAUUCAAAUGGUUAUAGAUGCACAGGAUGAAGUUCAGUUGCCCGCAUCAGUAAAAAAUAUAAUGGACCCAUGGACAUGCCAAGAUGGCUUUCCAGUUUUAACAUUUGAUCCAUCAACUGGCACCAUCAGUCAGGAACAAUUUCAUAAUAUAAGGAAAAAGGACAAUACUACUAGUUACAAUAACACAUGGAUUGUUCCUAUUACUUGGGUAAGAAAUGGAUCUUCACAACCAAUAGUGUGGCUAGAUGAAACUAGCAAAAUGUUUCCUGAAAUGCAGAUAUCAAGUUCAGAACAUGACUGGAUCCUACUAAAUAUGAAUUUAUCUGGAUACUAUAGAGUUAAUUAUAACUCAUCAUAUUUGAAGAGGAUAGGAAAAUUGCUUGAAAACAAUCCAGAGGUUUUUCCUGUUGUUAACAGGUUACAACUGAUAGACGAUGCUUUUUCUUUGACAGAGUCUGGCUAUCUUGAGAUUGAGUCUGCACUUGACCUGACAAAGUACCUUGCCAAAGAAAAUGAUAUCUUUGUGUGGUAUAUAAUACUGUCAAAUCUAAUGCCUAAUGAUCUGGAAUGUACUCUGAAAGACUAUGAAAUAUAUCCACUUUUAAAGAAAUAUCUGAUAAAGAAAAUGUUGCCAGUAUACCAUUAUUAUGCAGGUAUUAUUCGUCAAAAUGCUGAUGUUUUGGCAGAUGACUACUUUGCUGAAACUUACUUGGAACAUCUUCUUAGAAAAGCAUGUUGGUUGGGUCUGCAAGACUGUUUAGAUCUAUGUUCGGAACUCUAUGCCAAGUGGAUGGACAACCCCAAGGAUCAGAUUCCUGCUUUUGUUAGAAGAACAAUCUUUUGUUAUGGUAUUGCAAUGGGAAGUGAUAAAGAAUGGGAAUUUGCAUGGGAAAUGUACCAUCAUGAUAAUUCCACAACAGAUGAUAAGGACAUACUGCUUUAUGCCAUGGGUUGUACCAGAGAAUCUUGGUUACUUCACAGAUACAUGGAGUCUGGUGUCAACGGAUCAUUAUUUUCUUCUAAUAAUACGAUAUUUCUCAUUUACAACUUGGCAGCUACUGAUACUGGGCUACGUAUAAUAUGGAAAUUUGUGACAGAAAAUUGGCCACUUUUACAAGAAAGGUUUGGAAAUGCACCGUUAUAUGCUGUUUUAAAUGGUAUGGAAAGACUGGUCAAUACAGACUUACAGAUCCAAGAGUUGCAGCUCUUUUAUAAUGCUACACUGGAAGAGAAUGAAAGGAUUUCUACUACUACAAGAUUACAGUCUGCAAAAUUAGAAAAUAAAGAGAAAGCAAAACUCAUUGCCCGAGUGACUGACUGGUUGCAGAAAAAUAUAGAUGAUUGACUUCUGAAAAACUUUCAAAUAUAUAUUUUUAGUGUGUGACUUACUCACAUUUUAAUAUUCACUUUAUGGUUUAAUUAGAGGAUGCACACAUUUUGUUGUGUGAAGGAAUGUCACCUUGUAUUCCAAACCAAAGAAUUCUGGGGUUUGCCAUCCCAGCUGCAAAGCAGUGCUAACCUGAUUCAUCAAGGAGGAACGACAUUCUACAAGAUGAUGACAAGAAACAUAACUGCAUAUUAGAUUUAUCUUGUUUACCAUCUGGAUGAUGCUUGAGAGACUUGGUUAUAAACAAAGUCAGGAAUAUUCUGCAACAAUGUAUUUAAUUUGACAACACCUUGGAGGCAGUGCUUUCAACACAGAGCUGCAAAUUGGGGCUUCAUCUCUUCUCUGUCACCGAUUUGUUUUGUGAUCUUAGGCAAAUCACUUAAUUUCUCUGAGUCUCAGUUUCAGUAUGUCUGAAAUGGAGAUUGUUUAGGGAAGUGUUAUUGAACUUCAACUCAUGAAUGUGUUCUGAUCCCCAGAGGUAAGGACAAAAGAAACAAAACUUUUAUUAUAAUAAUUUUUUUUAUUAUAAUAAAUGUUUUGCAUCUAUGUCAUUUACCCUUCUUUUGAGGGUAAUAACUAACAGCCAGAUAGAACUCAGGCUGUUACUACUAAAAUCAGUGUAUUAAAUUUACAGUUGGUGGAAAUAUAGACUCCUCAGACAGUUUAGUCAUUUAUAUGCUAAACAAAUUAUGAAAAAAUGAAAUUGCAUUGUCCAGGGAACAGAGCAAUAUUAUGUGAGAACUCAAGGAAACCCAAGAAGAACUAGAAGGUAAUGCUAUAAGUGGACAAAGAAGAAAACAAAACAAACCCAAAGCAGCACACAGGAUUUCAAACUUAUACUUGCCAAUGUGGAAGUUUCUUUGUCGUGUUCUUAAUAAAAUUUAUAGCCAUAUUCUAAACUGAUAGCCACAUUCUUAGUCCCUACUGAGUCUCCCAUGUAUCUCUCUGGUGAUAUGAAUGGGAAUUAAAAUUGGUUUAAGAACGUACCUGAGGAUUCCCAAAGACAGGAGCAUCAUUUGCUGAUACAGCGAGCCGUACGUUAGAUUCUCUUGGUCUCCCCAGCACCUACUCUAGGGAGGGGAAAGAUUAUGAAUGGGGUGUAUCACCAGUAAAGCAGCUGCUUCUUGAAAGCUUAUCUCAGCUGGCAUAUUUUAAAGCUGUUUUAGUGGGGGUAGGGGUUGUUUUGACCGUCAAAAGACUCCAGGAUUGGGAGUGAGGGUGCUGAAUGACAUUGUUGCUGCCCCCACACAAGCUGAAAACUCUACAAGCAGCUCAUAGCAGGAUUAGGUAUCAAACUUCAGGUAACCAGAUUUGAAAGUUUGCCACUAAAUUUA